AGUGACAGAGGAUAAAUGAUAAUGCAGGAGCGGCAAGUUAUUUUCACCUUCAUAUGGAUUUCCUUGUUCUUUGUAGCAAGCGAUUCAGUUGCAAAAAGUUCCUGUCCUGUCCAGACUGUUAAGAGGGAAAUUCUAAACAGAGGGUUUCACAGGGAUUUGGUAACAAGACUGGAUCUUGGUGGUUUUGCAGAACAGGUGAAGCGCUGCCGUGUCCUGUUCCGACAGAAUAUCCCAUCUGCUCUAUUUUUGGAUCCAUACCAGCUUUCCUCUCUACGGCAGCACAAUCAAUCUGAGGUUAUUUUGCUGGCAGCAGUAGACUUGGAAGCACCUGAGUAUCUGGCUACAGGGCAAACUGCACUCAUUUAUGCUAAACCUGACCCAGCAUGCAUACAUUGCUUUAUAUCCAUCGUUCCAAUCCACGCUCGAUAUCACCGUCCGUCUGCUGUCUCACAUGAUGAAUCUUUCACUUUGCAGAACCCUCAAAUACUGAUAUUCUGCAGCAAAGCAUAUGUUACAGAUUCCCCUCACAGUGGCUGCUCUGAUUACCCUGUGGUUGAAGCUCCUUGCGGAGUAGAUAGCGGCAAUACUUGUGGGUGGCUGGAUGUACCUUACAUUCCAGUCCCAAAGAAAUUAUUAUUGGAAGUGCCAGUAGGGAUGACACAACAUCAGCCAGUAGUGUGUACUGUUACAAUAGCAGUGACUCUGGUGUGCACCUGGAUGAUACUUAUAGCUGUGUACAAGCACAGCCAUUUAUUAGUAAAGCCAUCUGUCUGAAGUCCAUUCACUAAAACUGUUUUGUGGAGUACCCACUUCCAAAAUUUGUUUCCUUAUAUUUAAACAAUAAUUUUAAAAACACAUUUUGUGUUUACUCUGGUUAUCUUUGUCUAAUAUUAGUUUGAUAAUCUGCAACAUGCUAUGACAAAUAUGCAAAAAUAGGAGAAAUUAGAAUCAAAGUACUGUACAGAAAACCUUGCACCAAAAUAAUGGAAUAACCCCACCUUUACAUCUUUGGCAGGAGGCAAGCCAUCAGUUCCCUCCAAAAGCCCCAGUGACGGAAGGUUCCAUCACAUUUCUCCCCUAUGCCACCUGCAUUCCCUCCCUGGUGCUGCCUUGGGGAGAUGAGCCAGCUACGCCAUCUUCCGGGCCCUCACUCAGCUGCUGGGGAGUGAUGUGGCCUACAUCCCCUCCCAGGUGCUGCCGCUGGGGAGAUAGGCAGGCUGCCACAUCUUCC